CAAACGAGUUACUCAAAUGAGAAAGACUUGGCAGGUACAUAACAAGAUGACAAAAGAACAGUACACAGAAACACAAAUUCCCCACAUGUAUAUAUAGACAUCCUAUUCCUAUCUCUUCAGUAAACAACAUAUUGGUCUGUUUUGCCGUGGAAUAUCAAGUAAUAUCAUAUGAAAUGGAAAUGGGUAGGUGGUGGUCGAGCACGUUGGUUUUCACUGUUCUCUCUGCACCAAUACUUAUAAUAGCAUUACUCUCCUCCACGUUCGAAGAAGUUGACCAUGAUAACACAGUGCCUGUGACGGGUCUUCUUCACACGGAUUCCCGAUGGAUCCUCGACCAAGAUGGCCGAAGGGUGAAACUAGCCUGUGUCAAUUGGGUGUCCCAUUUGGAAGCUGUGGUGGCCGAAGGGCUCAGCAAAAAGCCCGUGGAUGUCAUUUCAAAGGGAAUAAAGUCCAUGGGCUUCAACUGUGUCAGGCUCACUUGGCCCACACUUUUGGUCACCAAUGACUCUCUUGCUUCUCUCACCGUUAGACGAUCUUUUCAGAGCCUUGGCCUCCUUGAAUCCAUUGCUGGUGUCCAAACCAACAACCCCUCCAUCAUCGAUCUUUCUCUCAUCCAAGCUUUUCAGGCAGUGGUGAAGAGUCUCGGGGACAACGAUGUGAUGGUGAUUUUGGACAACCACGUGACCCAGCCAGGAUGGUGCUGCGGUAACACGGACGGCAAUGGCUUCUUCGGUGACAAAUUUUUUGACCCAAAUCAGUGGAUAUUGGGCCUCACCAAGAUGGCCACCCUUUUCAAGGGAGUUACAGCAGUUGUGGGCAUAAGCUUAAGGAAUGAGCUCCGAGGAUCUAGACAGAAUGUUAAUGAUUGGUACAAGUAUAUGGUGAAAGGAGCAGAAGCUGCUCAUGCAGCAAAUCCAGAUGUUCUAGUCAUUCUAUCUGGCCUAAAUUUUGACACAGACUUGUCAUUCCUUCGGGAUCGACCAGUGAGCCUCACAUUCAAAGGGAAACUAGUAUUUGAGGUGCACAGGUAUGGCUUCACUGAUGGUGGAGCUUGGGCUGAUGGGAACCCAAACCAAGUAUGUGGAAAAGUGACAGCAAAUAUAAAGAAAACAUUAGUGGACCAAGGAUGGCCAUUGUUUGUGAGUGAGUUUGGUGGGGACUUGAGAGGUACCAAUGUGAAUGACAACCGAUACCUUAACUGUUUUCUGGCACUGGUAGCUGAGCUUGACUUGGAUUGGGCCUAUUGGACACUUGUUGGUAGUUACUACUUUAGAGAAGGGGUUAUAGGAAUGGAAGAGUUUUAUGGCCUUCUCUCUUGGGAUUGGAAUCAGGUUAGGAGUACCAGUUUCUUAAACAGAAUCUCUGCCCUCCAAAUUCCAUUUCGAGGACCAGGCAUCAUAGAAGGCAAUCCACACAAACUGAUAUUCCACCCUUUGACAGGUCUCUGUGUCAUAAGUAAAUCACAGCUAACAUCACUAACGUUGGCUGCUUGCUCUUCUUCUGAUGCCUGGACAUACACACCUCAAAAGACCCUAUUGGUAAACAACACAGAUUUCUGCAUACAUGCAGAGGAAGAAAGGAAGCCUGCAACACUUAGCAUGACAUGCUCAGAUCCUAACUCUAAAUGGGAAAUGAUUUCAGAUUCGAACAUGCACCUUUCAUCUAAACUAAGCGACGGUUCUAAUUUAUGUCUAGAUGUAGAUGAUAACAACAUCAUUGUGACCAAUGCUUGUAAAUGCUUGAGCAAAGAUAAGACAUGUGACCCUGGAAGCCAAUGGUUCAAACUUAUCGACAGUGGAAGGAGGUCAAUCUCCACAACCUCGACAUUAUCCAUGCUGAAUUCACCGGACCUUUUGUGGAAAUCAUUGAGCUCAAUAUAAGUUGCUUUUAAGAAUUUGGGUCGAUAUGUUGUACUCAUCAAAGGUAUCCCUUGCUUACGUUUUAAUUGCAUGAACAUGAUGCAGUAAAUAAGCAUAUCCGUGUGAAUAUUCAGUGCAUAGUAUAAUAAUAGUGAAAAUGUAUAAAUUUAUAAGUGUUAACGAGGAUUUUUGGCUUAAGGAGCUUGAAUGUUGCCCAACACCAAAA